AUGGAGCUGAGAGUCCUCAGGAGGUGGGGGGCCCAGGAGCCUGUAGCCUCCUUCCUCCGGGACCCGAACACAGGGCGCAUCUACAGGCGGGGGCGACUGCUGGGCACGGGUGCCUUUGGUAGAUGCUACAAACUGACGGACAUGUCGACCAACAGAGUCUUCGCCCUCAAGGUGGUGCCCCGGGGAAGACUCAGUGGGCUGGACCAGUGGGAGAAGAGGGGGCUGCCUUCUCGCCGGCAGGUGGAACGGGAGAUUGAGCUCCAUAGCCAGCUGAGGCACCGGAAUGUGGUUGGCUUCCAUGGGCACUUUGCUGACCAGGACAAUGUCUAUUUGGUGUUAGAGUACUGCAGCCGCAAGGCUGAAAGUCAGAAGAACCUGGGUAACUUCUUCAUUACCAAGAACAUGGAGGUGAAGGUUGGCGACUUGGGACUGGCCACAAAAGUGGGGCCUGGGGGGCACUGCCAUGGGGGGCUCUGUGGGACUCCCAACUACCUGGCCCCAGAGGUUGUCUCCCGAAAGGGCCACUCCUUCCGGUCGGACAUCUGGGCUCUUGGCUGCAUCAUGUACACAGCACUGACGGGCUUCCCCCCCUUCAAGGCCAGCCCACUGCCUGAAAUGUAUCAGAACAUCCGCGACGCCCACUAUCCUGUGCCCACGCACCUCUCACCCAACGCCCGAAGGCUCAUCGCCCACUUGCUGGCCCCCAACCCCGCUGACCGGCCCAGCCUCGACCAGGUCCUGGAAGACGACUUCUUCACCCAGGGCUUCACCCCAGACCAAUUGCCUUCACAGUCCUGCCACACAGCACCCAUCUUCACCAUCCCCCAACCCUUGGACAAACUCUUUCAGAAGGCCACCCAACUGUUCUUGGCCAUGGCCCAGCACCGGGCCCCACGAUCAUUUGUCCCAAAGAUGCCAACAGCCCCAGCCCCAGAGGACCCCCUGAAAACUCCCAGGGAGGCAGCCAAUGAGGGCCUUUCUCAUCCUCCCCACAAGGCUGAAGCUCCUGAGGGAGAAACUCAUCCCCAAGUACCCUACCUGGAGACUCCCAUCCACCUACUCCUACGGAGAAGCCUCAGGCGUCACUCGCCGGGCACAGAAGAGUCCCCAGGAAUCCCAGGCAAUGGGGCUGAGAUGGCUACCAGGCUCCUGCAGAACUGCCUGGACUUUAUGCCAGCAGGGAAGCAGGACCCACCCGGGCAGCAGCAGCCAGUACUCUGGGCCACCAAGUGGGUGGAUUAUUCUAACAAGUACGGCUUUGGCUACGAGCUCUCCGAUGGCAGCACUGGGGUCCUUCUCCGGGAUGGCACCCACAUCGCUCUCCAGCCGGCCCUGGGGUGCAUAAGCUACUCUCCAGUACAGGGUGAGGUGGUGACCUUUACUUGGAGGGAUAUUCCUGACUCCCUGGCCACCAAAGUGGCGGUGCUCCAGCUCUUCACCCGCUACAUGCAGCGGUGGCUGUUAGAGGGUGGGAAUCUUCCUACACAGCCCAGUCUGAACCCUGGCCCUGGCUUCUCCCUGCUCCACUUCCUCAAGUCUGACCAGGCCCUGCUCCUGCUCUUCAGCGAUCAGACAAUGCAGGUCAACUUCUACCAUGACCACACCAAACUGCUCCUGAAUUGGGCCGGAGAAGAACCCCUGCUCACCUACAUUGACCAGGAGCGGCGGGCCACGUCACAUCCAUUGGGCGCCCUGCAGUGCUGCGGCUGCAGUGAGGCCCUGCGUCAGCGCCUCUGCUACACCCUCCACCUGCUCCGGACCUUCUAG